AUGAUCACUACUCAUGCAUCUGGUGCAUUGAAAAAAAUUAUUCCGUUAUUUGAUCGCGUACUCGUCGAAAGAUUUGCACCUGCAUUAAAAACAAAAGGUGGUUUACAUAUCCCAGAGAAAGCAUUAGGAAAAGUUUUAAAUGCAACUGUCGUAGCUGUUGGAAAAGGAAUUCGUCAGAAAGAUGGCACGUACGUGAGUGUUAGUGUUCAACCUGGCGAUAAAGUAUUAUUACCAGAGUAUGGUGGUACGAAAGUGGAAUUAGAAGAGAAAGAAUAUUUCAUUUUUAAAGAAGCGGAUAUAUUAGCCAAAUUAGAACAUUAA